AUGAAAGGAGUGAGAACAGCUGAGACAGAUCUCAGUUCCGGGAAAGUCAUAGUUACCGGCACCAUGGAUGGGAACAAACUCGUGGACUAUGUCUAUAGACGCACCAAAAAGCAAGCCAAAAUUGUCCCGCAGCCUGAACCAGAGAAGCCACAAGAAGAAGCAAAAGCAGAAGAGAAAAAAGAAGAGGAGAAACCAGCGGAAGAACCGAAGCCCGAAGAGAAGAAGGAAGAACCUUCUGAGAACAAAGAUGGUGGUCAAAAACCAGCUGAAGAAGGAAAGAAAGAAGGUGGUGAUGAGGGCAACAAUGGUGAUAAUAAGGCUGUUGAAGAGAAAGGUGGUGAAAACAAAGAAGAGGCCAAGAUGGAAGGAGAGAUCAGCACCAUUUAUGAUGAGCAAACCAUGCAAAAAAUGAUGUAUUAUUAUCAACCUCUUUACGUCAUUGAGAGAAUCCCACCACCUCAGCUCUUCUCUGACGAAAACCCUAAUGCCUGUUCUAUUAUAUAA